AUGGGAAAACCCUUGUCAAUCUUCAAAGUCCUCAUCUUGACUCUGCUGGCAAUGCUGGGGGUUGCCACGUUCCUUUGGAACCUGCUGGUGCUGGCCACCAUCUUGCGGGUGCGUACUUUUCACAGGGUGCCCCAUAACCUGGUCGCCUCCAUGGCCAUUUCCGACGUGAUGGUGGCUGCCUUGGUGAUGCCCCUCAGCCUGGUGUACGAGCUGUCCGGCCGUCGCUGGCGGCUGGGAAGGCUGCUGUGUGAGAUAUGGGUCUCCUGUGAUGUGCUGUGCUGCACAGCCAGCAUCUGGAACGUGACGGCCAUUGCACUGGAUCGCUACUGGUCCAUAACGCGGCACCUGGAGUACACGCUGAAGACCCGCCGGCGUAUUUCCAAUCUCAUGAUUGUUGUGACUUGGCUGCUCUCUGCCAUCAUCUCUUUGGCUCCGCUGCUCUUUGGCUGGGGAGAGACUUAUUCCGAGGGCAAUGCUGAAUGCCAAGUCAGCCGGGAGCCUUCUUACACUAUCUUUUCAACCUGCGGAGCUUUUUACGUGCCUCUCUGCGUCGUGCUGUUUGUCUACUGGAAGAUCUACAAAGCUGCCAGGUUUCGUAUUGGAUCCCGUAAGAUCAAUUCCAUCAGCCCAAUUACACCCAGAGUUCUAGAGAUCGGGGAGGAUUCCCAGCAUCCACAGAUGAUCACUGCCCGCCAUGCCACGGUGACGUUCCAAACGGAUGGAGACACCUGGCGGGAACAGAAAGAGAGGAAAGCUGCCCUCAUGGUGGGGAUCCUCAUUGGCGUCUUUGUCCUCUGCUGGAUCCCCUUCUUCAUCACCGAACUCAUCAGCUCCCUCUGCUCCUGCGACAUCCCUCCAGCCUGCAAAAGUGUUUUCCUUUGGCUCGGAUAUUCCAAUUCGUUUUAACCUUUGAUCUAUACCUCCUUCAACAAGAACUACAACAACGCCUUUAAGAACCUCUUCUCCAGACAACAAUAA